UUUUUUUUCAUCAGAAACUUUUCAUCACCUUUGACUCCUCUUUUCUCUCACUCCCUCACUCAUCAGUCCUUGAGCUUCACUCACCAGUCACCACCACACACAAACACUCUCUCUCUUUCUCAUUUUGGAUGGAGAGAUUCUGGGUUCUUGUUGUGUAUGCUGUUGCUGCUGAAGAAGCUGCAGUAAGUAGACUUUUGUGAAGCAAGGAAAGAAAGCCCUUUCUCAGUUUUUACAUUUUUCAGACUUCUUCUUUUUUCUUUUGGUAAGGUGAGACUUUGUUUUCUCACUACCAUCAAUCUUUGUUUCCUCUUCUCACCAUUUAGUUUUUUCUUUUUAGUUAGUGGAGUAGCUAAGAGAAGACAACAUACCCAUUUAUCUUCUUCUCUCUUUUUUUGGGUCUGUGUUUUUUUUUCUUAAACCUCUGCAAUAAACUUCAAAACCCUCAUCUUGGUUAACUAGGAUAUGAGAUGGGUCACCAUGAAAUAUCUUCCGAGACUACAACUUUCAAGCUUUCAUCCAUCACUACUAAUACCUCUGCUAAAAAUAUCAAAACCUCCAUUUUAGCAAAAACCCACCUAGGUUUUAUCAACAAAAUACAUGGGCUUCUCUGAGUGUUUUCUUGUUUACAUAAAUUAUUAUUUUUACCCUUUUUACUUCAGAAAUAACAGCUAAAUCUUUGGUUUUUUCACCAUUGUAAAACAUGGGUUGUGUGGCUUCAAAGUUGGAGAAUGAUGAUGAAGUGGUUUUACUUUGUAGAGAAAGAAAACGUCUCUUGAAAUCAGCUGUAGAAAGAAGAUAUGCACUUGCUGAUGCUCACUGCAAGUAUUUUCAUUCUAUGUAUACUGUUGCUGCAGCUUUAACUUUGUUUGUUGCUAGACAUUCAUCUCCUUCUUCACCAUUUCUCAUUACUUUCCCACCUCCUGAUAAUGAUUCUUCUUUACCCACUGAAAAGCUUAUCUCAAAUCCAAUGUUUCUUCAACAAAAACCCUCUGAACCUACUCAGGAAACUAUUCAUUUUCAAGACUCUGAUUCUUCUGAUUCUUCUGAAGAAGGAAAUGAUGGUGUAGUUCUGCAGCAACAACACCACCACCAGCACCACUACCAACAUCAUCAACACCAGCACCAACAAGUUCAAGCUGAACAAGUCUGUGGGUAUUUCUAUACAGGUAUGCCGCCGCCAAUGCCUUCACCACAAAGAGAUUUUGGGUGGGAUUUUUUCAAUCCAUUUGAAGGAGUUAGACCAGAAGUUAGUAACCCAUUUGUUGGUGGGUUUAGUAGGACUUCGGAUGAGGAUUUAAGAGUAGUAAGAGAACAGGAAGGGAUUCCAGAGUUAGAAGAAGAAGGAGUUGAGAAAAGGGUUAUGAUUGUGGAAAAUGAUGAAGAUGAUGAUGAUGAUGAUGAUGAAAAUGUAGAUGAAGAAAAUGGAAUUGAAGUUAUGAAGGUAGUGGGUGGUACUAAUGUGAGUAGGGGAGGAGAUCAAAAGGGAUUGACUGUUAUUGAUACUCCAGUUAGAGGGAGAGAGCUGUUAGAAGCUUUGAGAGAUGUUGCAGAUCAUUUCAUUAGAGCCUAUGAUAAUGGCAAAGAUGUCUCAAAGAUGUUAGAAGUGAAUAGAGUUCAUCUACAAUCUGGUUUGGAUGAAAUCAAAGAGAACUCAUCCAAACUCGUCCAAGCAAUUACAUGGAAUAAAUCCUCUUCAUCUGCUUCAUCUACAAAGAGUUUCCUUGCAUCUAGCUCGAAAAGUUCGUCAUCAUGGACAGAAUUCAAGAACGAACUCUUUGACGAUGAUUAUGGAGGAAUGGAAGCAGGUAGCCAUUCGCAGACACUAGGACGGCUAUAUGCAUGGGAAAAGAAACUCUAUGAAGAAGUGAAGGCUGGAGAUAGCACAAGGAAACUUUAUGAUAGGAAAUGUGCACAACUGAAAAACCAAGAUGUCAAAGGUGAUGAUGCACGCUCCAUGGACAAAACUAGGGCCGUGGUCAAGGAUUUAUAUACUAGGAUGUUAGUUGCUAUACGAACAGCGGAAUCAAUCUCAGAAAGGAUCGAGAAACUGAGAGACGAAGAAUUGCACCCGCAGCUUAUCGAGCUUUUGCAAGGUCUGAUGAAAACCUGGAAGGUUGUGUUGGAGUCCCAUGAAACCCAGAACAAGAUUAUGUACGAGGUGAAGUCUUUCACAUGCCCUACGUACGGAAAGUUCUGUAACGACUCUCAUCGACUCGCUACAGUUCAGCUUGAUGCUCAACUUCAGAACUGGCGUGCAUGCUUUACAGGGUAUGUUACUGCACAAAAAGCUUACAUCGAAGCUCUCAAUGGGUGGCUAUCUAAAUUUAUUGUACCCAAAGUUGAGUUGUAUUCCAAGGGUAGAUCCUCGACACCUCCAUAUCAAAUCGGUGGACCCCCAUUGCUAAUGAUUGCUCGUGACUGGUCAAAUUCACUUCAGAAGCUACCUGAUAGAUCAGUUGCUUAUGCCAUAAAGAGCUUUGGCAAGGAUGUUAGGGCUUUGUCAGGUCAACAAGCGGAAGAGCAGCAACAGAAGAGGAAGGUCGAUGGUCUUGCAAAAGAACUCGACAGGAGGAUAACUGCAUUCCAAAGAGCAGAGAGUCGGAUUUUAGAAUCCAAGUUAUCCGAACAGAAACUUGAGCUGGAUGUGGAAAACCGGGUUGAGUACUUGACCGAUAGGAAGGACCUUUUGGAUAUGUUCAGGAAGAGAUUGGACACUGAGAAAGAGAAGCACCAUAACUACAUGCAGGAGACUCAACGGAUCACGUUGAAUGGGUUUCAGACAGGGCUAAGUUCAGUAUUUGAAUCCCUUACAGAGUUCUCAAAAGCUUCUCUAAAAAUGUACAAUGAACUUGUCGAUUACUCUGAGAAGGCAAAGGUUGGAGAUGACAAAGGUGAUGUACCAUCAUACAUUCAGGAUUCUCAUGGUGGAGUUAAUGGUGGAGUGGGUUACUAAGUAGGGUUCCGCGAACCUGGGAUGAUUAAAGAAAUCUGUAAAUUAGCUAGUGUCGAAGCAUCUCGCUGUGACAGAGUUAAAUUGUUUUAUUAUCUCUUUAUAGGUGUUUUAUGCUUUGCCCACAAUUUUCCUGUAGGAUUAGGACCUAUUAACAAUCCUAAUUUCUAACACUGUCUCUAAGUCAAAUCUGUAAGGUGGCUGGGGUUUUUAUGUGUGGGCAAAUACUUGUUGUAAGUAUUGGUUUUUAGUGUUUGUUGAACAGAGUUGCAGAAAGCUGAUUUUAGAUGGGUGGCCGCAGGCCUAUUACUGUGGCUUCCUACU